GAAGUAUGAGAGUACUCUCCACCGUUUUAGCCUUGCUGGCGGCAACUGUUUCUGUAGAGGCUUUCGCUCCAGCGAAUCUUAAGCCUGUCCGACCUUCUCUUUUCGCGCAGCGGUCGGAUAGUAUCGAUGGCAUUCAGGCUAUGAAGAAUCUAGCAGUUUCCGCAGCCGUGGCUUUUAUUCUUGUAUCAUCUCCUUCUGCUUCUCUAGCGGAUGGUCAAACGAAAGACUUCAAGCUACCACCUAUUGACUACGCGGAUAAGAAUCGCUGCGUCUUGAACAGCAGCAGUAUGGGGCAGGCCAACGCGGCCCGUGACAAGCUCUUGGAUCUCCGGGAGUGCAAGAUCGCGGGCGCCAAGGCAACUGGGUACGAUCUUUCGGGUGUGAUCAUGACAAACACGGAUGCUUCCAACGCCAACUUUGCCGAAGCGUAUUUCAGCAAAGGAUAUCUUCGCGAUAGCAUGUUGGACGGCGCCGACUUUACGAAUGCAAUUGUAGAUCGAGCCACCUUCAAAGGGUCCUCUUUGCGAGGAGCUAUUUUUGCCAAUGCCGUUUUAACUGGCACAGGAUUUGAAGGCGCCGACGUGGAGAAUGCCGACUUUACUGACGCGUACAUCGGUGACUUCGACAUUCGUCUGCUUUGCAAGAACCCGACCCUCAAGGGUGAGAAUCCCAAGACGGGUGCGGAUACUCGCAUGUCGGCGAACUGCAAAUAAAGAACUGCGUGCCAUCUAGAUUCUGCUGGAUACAUUCGAUUGAGGCCGAUCCCUGCAGCACCGUUUCUAUCAACUUGAUUGGUAUGAGAAAGCUAAUUUGUAACAAGUAGCGAUUCUUUUCAUAUUAG